UAUGUUGCAAAACUUCCUGCUGGGUGAGACCACUGCUUCUAAUACCAUUAAGUCAAAGUACAGGUAAUUGACUGGUUUCUACAUAGGAAACUAAGUGGUUCCACUGCAGACAUAAGUUACACUUCUCGAUGUCUGUUUUUCGCAAAGUUCCGAACGCAUUCCUUGAAAAAAUACGAGCACAUCGACUCAGAUAUGACGUUAGCAAGGACACAUCUGUUAUUCGACAUUGGGUCUUUGUUUCAUCCAACAUCUAGGUACACUCUGUUGACUUAUCACCAUGGCCUUACCGAUUCUGAAACACUCAUUACUUUGUCAGCCAACUAGUAAAAUUCCAUCAUAGCACUUAUUUAUCCAUACUAAGAUAUUGCUGCUAUUAGAAUGGUUGGCGGAUUCCAGAAAACGACCUACAUAUAUACAAAAAAGCGUAGGUGCUUCGGCAAGCAAGUGAUGUUCACUGCCGUGGCAGCUCACUUGCUGGACUCCAUCCCGGCCUGCAGGAGCGACCAGAAGCUGUAUAUCCAGCGGAACCCGGUACAUGCGGAGGUGCAGGCCACGGCGCCGCAGUCAGAGCACGAGGCAAACACCAGGACGGUACAGACGAGGGCGACAGGCGUGAACCACGCGGAGGGCGGCUGGCCCGGCGACGUGCGCCCCGACAACGAGGAGCACACGGACCGCCACCGCCGCCGCGCCACGCACGACGACGCCUACAUACACUCCAUCCUCCACGCCUCACCCUCCCUCAAACACUACAUCGACCAAAACAACGCCAUUGAAAUGUACCAAUCAUACUUUAUCGAUAUGCCACAACAACGACCUCUCGAAAACUAUAAGGUCAGGGUCUGUAAUGAAUUCCGAGACCGCGCCAAGCGCCCCGUCAAAUGCGUUGCGUGGACGCAUGAGACACAUGCUAAAGUGGUGGCUUCGUAUGGACAACCUUAUCCAGGACAGGAAAAUGAGGACACAUCGACCAACGAAUGCUAUGUGUGGGAUAUAAAUCGACACACUGAACCAGUUUACGUGUUUUAUCCUACAAGUACGUGCUGCCAGCUGGCUUGCUCGGAAGUGGACCCUAAGUCCAUCGUCGCAGGGCUGGAAGAUGGCACGGUCAGCCUGUUCGACUUGCGUGCCAGCAAAUAUUCAGUCGUCGCUUCCUCACCUUAUCACUCCCAUCGAGAAGCUAUUUCUGGAUUACAAUUUAUGCACACUCGCACUAACUCGGAAUUCUUCACGGGCUCGGUCGACGGGCAGUGUCUGUGGUGGGACACGAGGGCUUUAUCAACUCCGGUAGAUCAGCUAACGAUGUCGGUAAAAUUGGCUCCUAACGAACAGCCCGGUCUUAGCAACGCAGAAGCCAUAUCGACGUUGGAGUACGACCGCGGGCUGCCCACGAGGUUCCUCUGCGGGACCAAGUCUGGGCUGGUGGUGAACGUGAACCGCGUGGGCCGGAGCCACUCGGAGGUGCUGGGGUCGUGGUGGGCGGCGCAGGCGGGCGCCGUGCGGGCCGUGCGACGGAGCCCCUGCACCUCGCGCAUGUUCCUGACGUGCGGGGACUGGACCGCGCGCGUGUGGAGCGAGGAGGUGCACGCGGCGCCCAUCAUCCAGUUCCCACCCUUCCGCAAGCAGCUCCUGGACGCGGCCUGGGCGCCCCUGCGCCUCUCCAGCUUCAUGCUCACCUGCGCCAACGGCUACUUCUACUACUGGGACCUCCUACGGAAGUACCACGAGCCAGUAACGUCAUACAAAGUGACCGAACACGAGCUCACAAACAUUGCGCCACACGAGGAAGGCAAAUUCGUCGCGGCGGCCGACAGUAAUGGCUCCGUGUAUUUGCUCGAGUUGUCCGACUGCAUGACGACAUCGGGCAGUAACGACAAGCAGCUGAUGCAACAGGUGUACGCGCGUGAGACCGCCCGGGAGCACAUACUGGACACGCGCCUGAAGGAGAUCCGGCUGAAGCAGCGCCAGGAGCGGGAGGACGCGGCCGGGGGUGCGGGGGCGACAGGGGAGAGGGACGAGGAGGCGCUGGACCAAGCCACCGCCGCUGCGUACUGGGACACCGUCCGACACGAGCUGACCAAAGUGGAUGUUUUGACGACCCCAAGCUCACAAUCGAUUCAUUGACUUAACUGAUAACAAGCAAUUAAAGAUAACGUGAACUGUUAUUAAAAUUUAUACAUUGAUUGAUAAUAUUAUUGAAAUAAAUGUGUGCAUCCUGUUGCCAAUUAGUUUUGGAGGGUGACGAGUGGCCGCCGACGGGACCCGGACGCGCCCGCAUGCGGGGCCCUGACCGACGAUUAUUGUACAACGCAACCAUUUAACAAAGAUCUCUGAGGUACUACACAAUCUUUACAACGACUGCAGCAAACAGCGACAGAGGAGGCCAAGAUAGCGUGGUGGUGAUCACUAGACGAGCAACUUUCACCUCGCAGUGCUCGCGUGGUUAUGCGCAGUUCAAUCUACGAGUUUACUGUGCCUUUACCACGCCUGCCGACACACGCCCGACCCAUGCGUAAACAAUGUUACUCCAUCGACCAAGAUUAAAGAACUGUUUACUUUUCA